AUGUUCUGGCGAUCGACAUCCAUGAUAGUCGCCGGUUUGUUACUGAUGGCCGGUCUUGCUUCAGCACAACAUGGUCAUGGUGGCCAUAUGACAGAGGAUCCUCCAUUGCCUCCCUUCAAUUCAACAGGAGAUGAGCCUAUGUCUUAUGCUCUAUUUCCCGAAAACAAAGGUUACUUUUAUGCUCAUGUUAUCUUUAUGGUGCUUGCAUUUUGGAUCUUGAUGCCAUUAGGCAUCAUGUUUGGCAUUGGUCGCUCAUCCUUGCACGUUCCUACUCAGAUCCUCUCGUUCAUUUUUGCAUUCCUCGGUUUCUUUUUCGCCAAGCUCUAUGGCCACUCAACUCCACAUUUGUAUGCUGGCAACUCUCACCACUCUUUGGGAUGGUGGAUUUUCCUUUUGUUGAUUGUGCAAAUGUCUGUGGGUGUUGUACGCAAGAUUGCGAAUGCUGUGGGUCGCUCACAAGAAGUUCACUAUGAUCGUUUGGAAAGUGUUCACUUGGUCAAUCGUGCCGGCUCAUCCUCGUCAGCAUCAUCAUCAUCUGACCAUCAUAGUGAACAUUCAGAGGAAACCUUGCAUAAUGGUCACGAGGAUGGCCGCCACCACAAUUACGAUUAUGACAAAGAUGAUGUUAUCAUGUCACCUGUUGACCUUGAAGAAGAGGAUCCUAUCUUGAUGGAACGUUACAAUGAAAAGCCCUCUUUCAUCAAUCGAGUCUUUGACAAGGUUGCGGCAUACAUUCCCAAUGUUGUCAAAAAGGUGUUCGUUGCCACCGCUUACAACCCCUUCACCAAGACCGUUUGCCGAUAUUGGCAUACCAUCGUUGGCCGUGUGUUUAUUAUCCUUAUCUUUACCCAAACCUUGAGUGGUCUUGUGGUUUACCAUGGUGUAUGCAGAUCUUGGGCUGUACUCGGUUGUAUUGCACAUCUUAUCAAAGGUGGUAUCUUUUACUUUUAUGGUAUCAUCACCUUUGCUCGUUACUUGGGAUGCUUUGCCGAAAAGGGCUGGGCAUGGAAUCGUGUCGAUGGUGCUAGCAAGUUCAGCUUUGAAAUGAUUGAAAGCUUCCUCAUUUUCACUUAUGGCAUUACCAAUACCUGGAUGGAGCAUUUCGGCCAAAACCCAGAGUGGACGCACAAAGAUUUUGAACAUGCCAGCUUGGCUUUCAUGUGGUGGUGGUGUGGUCUUCUUGGUAUUCUCGUUGAAAGCCGCGCAUUGCGUCGAUUGUUGGAACGUGCCGUUAUGAAUACCCCUCUCGAUGUGCCUCGUCAUGAAGAAAAGCAGAGCUACUCAAUGAAUCCUUUCCCAGGUCUCACGGUGUUGUUUACUGGUAUCUCCAUGGGCAACCAUCACCAAGAAACCGUUUAUUCAACCAACAUCCACUGGUUAUGGGGAUUGCUCCUUGCUCUUGCUGCCAUGUGCCGCUUCCUUACCUAUCUUACCUUGCAUCGAGCCCCACCUACUAGCGCACAACCAUCACGUCCACCAACUGAAGCUCUUGGUGCCUUCCUCAUGAUUGCUGGCUCUAUCUUGUUCAUGGCAUCCAAUUCGGGUACCUUGACUUGGUUGCGACGCAACGAGAUUGACACCAUGUUCCUUAUGAAUGUGUGUGUUGCACUUACCGCCAUGACAUUGGGAUACGUCUUUUUCUUGGUGGUGAUGAAGGCAUGGGCCAUGAAACGUGAGAGCGUCAAAAAGGCCAAGCUGAGAGGCGCCACUCGUUCCCAACACGUGUAUCACCAAGAUGCAUAA